CGCUUUCGGGUUGUUAUUCCCAGCCCCCGGCAGAUUGUAGCCUCAGCUGCGAUGGACGGUUGGGGGAGGUGCAUGAUCGCUAUUGCUCGGAAAGGUUAGCCGCCAAUGACGUCACCAAUCGCUUCCUCUGGCGGCUGAGAUCGCGCCAUGCCUAUUUACCUGCCAAGUGCAGCACAGUGAAUACAGGUUAUUCCAUUGCGGUGGGUCACUACAAGACCAGUGCACGCGACUGAUCGCCUCUCCGUCGCCUACGCCUCACUCCUCAGCCUCCAUCUCCAGCCUCACUUGCGCACCAUCUCAACCAUCGUUACCCCGCGCGAUUGCUGAUCGCUGCGCACGGUCGUCAACAUGCCCUCCCAAGAGAAGGGCCUUAAGAAGCUCUUUCAUCCUUUUAACCACCGCGCUUCUGAGAAGAUUGAGGAGAUUGAGCAAAAGCUCGAGCACACCAAACUGCGAGGCGCACAUGUUAAGGCUGUGCACAUCAAGCAUAAGAUCGGCAAGUUCACCAACCUCUUCAAUGCCAACCAUCGCCACGACGAGGAGCAUGAGAAGGAGACGGAUGCGAAGAGGAGCAAGAUCGCGGAGAACCACCGCUUCCAUAGCUUUGCGCCGGAGCGCGACAACAACUUGGUGAAGUGGUACGUCGAUGGGAGGGAUUACUUCUGGGCCGUUGCAGAGGCAUUGGAGCAAGCCAAAGAGACCAUCUACAUUGCAGAUUGGUGGCUCAGCCCUGAACUCUUCCUGAAGCGACCGCCUUACUACAACCAGCAAUUUCGGCUGGAUCAAGUACUCAAGCGCCGCGCAGCGGCUGGUGUGCAAAUUUAUGUUUCCGUGUACAAGGAGGUUUCUGCGGCUCUCACAUGCAACAGUCAGCAUACCAAGAAAGCACUCAUGGGCCUGUUUGAAGAAGGCGAGCCUGGGUACGGGAACAUCAAGGUGAUGAGACAUCCUGACCACAAUGUCUUCGAGAAUGCUUCGGAUAUGACGUUCUACUGGGCGCAUCACGAGAAGUUCAUCGUCAUCGACUAUGCCAUGGCCUUCAUCGGUGGACUGGACUUGUGUUACGGCCGAUGGGACGACAAGCAGCACCCGCUUGCCGAUGCCCAUCCGUCUGGUGUUCAAAAUCAAAUCUUCCCUGGUCAGGACUACAACAAUAACCGUAUCAUGGACUUUGAGAGCGUUGAUGACUGGAAAUCGAACAAGCUGAACAAGCUAGAGUUUGGCCGCAUGCCAUGGCACGAUGUCGCAAUGGGUGUCAUUGGACCAGCGGUGUACGACAUCGCUGAGCAUUUCGUCCUGCGAUGGAACUUCGUGAAGCGAGAAAAGUACAAGCGUGACGAGAGAUACGAUUGGCUCACCAUGGAAGGACGUGAAGGCGCCGACGAAGAUCUGAUCGGGGUGCAACGGCCCAAGUUCCCUGUUGGCCAAUAUGUACACCAUCCCAUCACGCAGCUGAACAGCAAGAACCUCGACAACCGUGGAACUGUACACGCGCAAUUGGUCAGAAGUAGCGGCGACUGGAGUAUGGGCAUUGACCCUCAUGAGCAGAGUAUCCAGAACGCAUACUGCGAGAUUAUCCGCAACGCGCAACACUACGUCUACAUCGAAAAUCAAUUCUUCAUCACGGCAACGGACAAGAACGACCAGAACCCUGUUCACAACCAGAUCGGAGCUGCAAUGGUCGACGCUAUCGUGUCAGCGGCUAAAGAGCAGCGUAACUUCAAGAUUGUCAUUGUCAUUCCCGCGAUUCCAGGAUUUGCAGGAGAUCUGCGCGAUCAGGCCGCCGCUGGGACACGAGCUAUCAUGGACUAUCAAUUCAAGAGCAUCUGCAGAGGCGACGAAAGCAUCUACGGAAAGAUCAAAGCGGCCGGUAUCGACCCGGAAAAGUACAUCUUCUUCUUCAACCUUCGUUCAUACGACCGUAUCAAUGUCACACCCACGCUUAAGGAGCGCGAGAAGAAGUCCGGUAAGUCGUACAUGGAUCUGGAAGCGGCUGAGAUCGACGAGCUGGAAGCGCCACCGGAAGAGGGAGGAGACGAGGCACGACGCAGAGCCGCUGAGAUGAGGAAGGCGUACAUGGACGAGGAGGAAGAUGUUGGCAAGGGUGACCAGGGUGGUGUUAUCGACCCAGACUCGAUUGCCGACGACGCGAUGCUUACGGAAAAGAAGCCCAGCGAGGAAGCGUGGGAAGGCGAAGAGGAAGAGGAGAAAGAGCACUUCUUUCAAGAGGAGCUCUACAUCCACGCGAAGAUUUGCAUCGUUGACGACAAAACCGUAAUCUGUGGUUCAUCCAACAUCAACGACCGCUCACAAUUGGGUUUCCACGACUCCGAACUCUCCAUCGUCCUGCAAGAUACAGCAGAAGUCGACACUGAAAUGGACGGCAAGCCCUACAAGGCUGCAAAACUCGCCCAUGAACUCCGUAGCAGCUUAUGGCGCGAACAUCUCGGCCUCCUCCCACCACAAGCCCUCAACGCCGCUGAUGACCCCAACGCGCAGCCCCCCGGCGAAAACUCACCAAACGACCCCAUGCCCGGCCCUGAAGCAGAUUUCGUCUCUGACCCUCUCUCACCCAAACUCUGGGACGAAUGGACCGAGCGAGCGACUACCAAUACCGAGGUGUUUAGAUCGCUGUUCCAUGCUGAUCCUGACGACAAUAUUCUCACGUUUGAGGAUUAUGACAAGUUUACGCCCAAUCCGUCUGGUGACAAGGAACAUAAGCAGGGUCAUCUUUAUGAUAUGGUUCGGCCUGUUAAGGAGAUUAGGGCAGAGUUAGAUCGUGUCAAGGGACAUUUGGUGUGGAUGCAGUUGAAGUUUUUGGAGAAUGCGGAUAUGGCUGAGCGGGGGCUGCAGGUCAACUCUUUUACUGAGAGUGUGUAUACUUGAGGGGGGUGUAUCGCGGUAGAAGCAGGUGGCUAUCAGAGGUGGCUGGUUGUUUUCGCUGGGGCGAUUGGACGAGUCGCAUCGGUGUAUCCUUCUCGCCGAUUGUCUUUUCUUUAUGAUUCCCUAUUACGUUUUCUCGAUGUCAUUAUGACCUGAAUGAAUGCAUCUUCUUCGUAUGAAAAGAGCGACAUGUUCCUUGUAUUGUGCAGCUUAUGCUGUUCCACGGCGACAAAGUACAACGGUGAUGAAGAAUACAUGGGUACUAACAAGCUUGUAGUAGCCGACUCACAUUACCGCGGAGGUAGUCAACUCAGUGCACAAAGACGCAUGAGUACAUGAGAAGGUGAUGAAGUCCCCGAAUCUCAGUACGAUAUGUAAAAUAUGCGA